GCCCCACAGCCGCGUCAACUUCGAAGCGUGUUUCUCGCUUCUAAAAUUAUCUUUUUUUAUCUUCAGCCUAUUCUUUCACUCGUUUUUUUGUUGUAAAAAGCGAAACGACCGAGGACGAACGAGGACACGACUGCUCAACAAGUCCUUCGGUCAUUGAUACGCAAACGGAGAUUCGGUAAAACCUAUGCUAAAAGAGAAAAAAAAAAACUAUUCGAAGUGGCGCGUGCGAUCGACGUGCUUCGGUAAAGCUCGACUUGGGGUGAAAGCUCGCGUCGCGGACCACCCUUGUUCGUCGUGUGACACGUCCGCAGGUAGGACGGACGAAGAGAAAAGUGUAAGAGAACUCUGUGUCGUUGGAUAGGUGCCGCUAUCGUCUUCGUUCGAGCUUUUCAACCCCCUUUGAUCUUCACGAGCGAUCAGAAACGUCGCCGCCCAAACAACGAGUCGUGUUCGCACCCAUGCUCUAGUGAAGGUAUCACGAAGUCAUCGAGAAGGAGCGGCAGGAUGUGGCGAUUACUCGUCUUCUGGAUCCUAGCGAUCAACUUGGCGAGGAUCGACGGAAAAGUAGCGGUUUUACCGCACGACGUCUACCCUGGCUACGAGAUAACGCGAUUUCACGGCGACUCGAGACAACAACCGUCGAGGUUUCGUCUUUUAGACAACGCCUUCUCCAAGUAUUUCACCGUCUUGAAGAAUGGCCUCGUAAUGACAACGUCGGAACUCGGACCGUUGCUCGAUCAUCGUCGACCGAUCGAUUUGGUCGUUUUAGAAGAAUUGGCCAAUGGCACCGAAGCUCACGAUCUUCGAUUAUACGUGAUCGAUCGUCGCCACUUGUUGACCUUCUCCCACGAACGUCUCGGCGAAGGCGAGGUAGCUGAAAAUUCACCCGCGGGUACUCUGAUCGAAGGAUUUCCUUUAUUAAGAGCACGCGGCAACUUUCCCGUUCACUACGCGAUCGUGCCCGACGAAACCGGCGAGAGAGCGUUCGCUUUACGGGAAAACGAUUCGGUCGAUCAUGGGUUCAACGUUACACUCGUUAACCACAGACAAGGAGUCAGAGUGGUUACUGCAAAGCCCCUCGAUCGCGAGAGAAAAGAAAGAUACGCGUUGGUGAUACGUGCGUUUGAUGGAAAUUACGUGAGCAGCUCGAAAAUCGGCGGGUUCGUUCGCGUACUCGAUGAAAACGACAACGGUCCGAUUUUCGAGAAGGACGUUUACACCUUCGAAGUUAGGCCUACGAAUAUCGACGAUCUGAGACAAGGUAUCAACGUUCUUCCAUCUUGGAAAAGAUUCAUGACGAUAGGCAAGCUCGUUGCCAAGGACGCCGAUGGAGACAAAUUGGCGUAUAGGAUGCUCACCGGUACCGAUCUUCUUGUCGUGGUACCUCAAACGGGCGAACUUUUGCUUGCCAACGAACCCGAUCUUGCUCCCGAGGAAGACGCCGAACGUCGUUUUCUCAUCGAAGCUCACGAUCUUCGUUCUCCUCCGAAAAUCUCGGAAAAGCCUGCUAAAGUAAUCGUCAGAUUUCUUACCUCGGCAAACGUUAUUGAGCCCGAACUUCACAAGAUUCGAAAGAGACGCGUUACCAGAGCUGUCAGGCCUACAAAGAAGAUUGAUUUUUCUGAGGCUGAUGGCGACGUCGUUGGAAAAAUAGCUUUUCAUCUUGAGAAGGAAAACGAAAAGGAAACUUAUAAGAUCAGAGACGAGAACAAGUGGGUUACGGUUGGAUCCAACGGAUCUGUCAUGGUCAAACAAAAGUGGGAUUACGAAGCGCUUGGACUCGAGAAGACUAUCGAUUUUUGGGUUACUAUAACGAACAUGGAGCGGUGUGCACGGUUUCCCAUCGAUUACCCGUGUCCAUUCGAAGACGAUACGGACAAUCAACGUGUGAUCAUCAACAUGAAGGACGUGAACGAUGAGCCACCGUACUUCAUCAACCGUCCUCUACCCAUGCAGACUGUUGUACAGCUGAAUGCACCACCGAACACGCACGUGUUCACAUUACAAGCAAGGGAUCCCGAUACUGAUCACAACAUUCACUACUUUAUUGUCAGAGACCGGACCGGUGGUCGUUUCGAAGUGGAUCAAAGAUCGGGCGUAGUACGUACUCGAGGUACGGAUCUCUUUCAGCUGGACAUGGAGUACGUUCUUUACGUAAAAGCUGAAGACCAGAAUGGUCGAAUAGACGAGAGACAUUUUCAGUCGACUCCGGAGGAACGACUAUCGAUCGUCGGUGGCAAACGAGCACCGCAGUUCUACAUGACAGCUUACGAAGCUGAGAUUCCAGAAAAUCAAAAGAAAGACUCUGACAUCAUAUCGGUGAAAGCUAAGUCAUUUGCGGAUCGUGAAAUCCGAUAUACUUUGAAAGCUCAAGGACAAGGUGCUGCAGGAACUUUCAAUAUAGGACCUACUUCCGGUAUCGUUAAAUUAGCAAAGGAACUCGAUUUUGAGGAUCUACGACAACCACACAUCUACUCGCUGAUAGUGACCGCUACCGAAGAUUCUGGUGGAUUUUCAACGUCGGUCGAGUUAACCAUCCGUGUCUCCGACGUGAACGACAACGCCCCAAAGUUUGAGUUACCGGACUAUCAAGCUCACAACGUCGACGAAGAUAUUCCUCUGGGUACCAGCAUAUUAAAAGUUAAAGCAACCGACGCCGAUUCUGGCGCAAACGCGGAAAUAGAAUAUUUAGUGUCGGACGAUCACUUCAGUGUCGAUUCCAAUGGUAUCAUCGUUAACAAUAAACAACUCGACGCCGACAAUAACAAUGCUUAUUACGAAUUCGUUGUUACGGCUAAAGACAAAGGUACACCUUCUAAGACCGGUACGGCAACCGUACGAAUUUACACGAAAAAUAAAAACGACGAGGAGCCGAAAUUUUCUCAGCAAGUGUAUACGCCAAACGUGGACGAAAAUGCCGGACCAAAUACUUUGGUAACGACUGUGGUAGCGUCGGACAAGGAUGGUGACAACGUUCGGUUUAGAUUCGUUGGUGGAAAUACUACGUCCGGGCAGUUCGUUAUCGAAGAGAUUACUGGCGUUAUACGUCUUCACGGGGAUAAAAUAUCAUUGGAUCGUGACAAAUACGAGCUCAAUGUCACGGCCUUGGACGAUGGUGCUUGUUGUUUGAACGGGGACGCGACGAUUCAUACUAGUACAGCGGUCGUUGUUGUUUUCAUAACCGACGUGAAUGACAACAAGCCAGUGUUUAAGGAUUGUGGAACUUAUAAUCCUAAAGUAGAAGAAGGUGCUCCUAACGGGAGUCCAGUGAUAAAGGUACAAGCGACCGACGAAGACAAAGGUGUCAAUGGACAAGUAAAAUAUUCUAUAGUACAACAACCCAAUCAGAAAGGAACAAAGUUCAUGGUGGAUGAGGAAACUGGCCAAGUAUCCACGAAUAAGGUAUUCGAUCGUGAGGGCGACGACGGAAAGUUCGUAUCGGUUACCGUUAAAGCGACGGAUCAAGGCGAGCCCUCCUUGGAAGGAGUUUGUUCCUUCACCGUUGAGAUAACUGACGUUAAUGAUAAUCCGCCAUUAUUUGACCGUCAAAGAUACGUCGAAAAUGUGAAACAAGAUGCGAGUAUUGGAACAAAUAUAUUGAGAGUCUCGGCUUCUGACGAAGAUGCCGACAACAAUGGCGCUAUAACAUAUACUUUGAGCGCGCCCAACAACGAUCAAGGCUUGGAGUACUUUGAGAUACAACCAGAAUCUGGUUGGAUCGUAUUAAAGAAGCCAUUAGAUGAGCAGCGUGACACCUAUCGCCUACGAGUACGGGCCUCCGACAGAGGGAUGCUAGUCUUGUACGCAGACGUGGACGUUGAGUUAGACGUCGUAGACAGGAACAAUAAACCACCUGUGUGGGAUGCGAAUGUAUACGGCCCCAUUCACAUCAAAGAAAAUGUCACAGUGGGUACUGUAGUGACGUCGGUGAAAGCCAGCUCUGGAAUCGACAAUAAUCCAACGGUCUUUUACCACUUAAUGCCUGGUUCCACGGCACAAACGAACAAGUAUCACACCUUUUACCUUCAGCAGCGCGCAGAACAAUCUGUAACUUGGGCGGAUAUCAAAGUCAAUCAUCCGCUGGAUUAUGAGAGUAUAAAGGAAUACAAUCUAACGAUACGAGUGGAGAACAAUGGAGCGCAACAACUUGCAUCGGAAGCAACGGUUCACAUUAUGUUGGAGGACGUUAACGACGAGAUACCACUUUUCACCGAACGCGAACAGGAGACCGUGCUCGAGGGCGAGCCGAUCCGCAGUAAGGUUACUCAGGUCAACGCCAUCGACAAGGACGGUACUUUCCCAAACAAUCAGGUUACGUAUUAUAUAGUGGACAGCGACAGAAACGAAGGAAAGGAUUACUUCGAGAUUAAUCGAGAAACCGGCGAGAUCUUCACAAAAGUGGUCUUCGAUCGUGAGAAACAAGGUGCCUAUGCUCUCGAGGUCGAAGCCAGAGACGGAGCUCCAUCUGCGAGACCAAAUAACAACGGUCAACCUAAUUCAGUAACGAAAUUCAUCCGGAUUGGAAUAGCCGACAAGAACGACAACCCGCCUUACUUCGACAAAAGCCUCUACGAGGCUGAGGUAGACGAGAAUGAGGACAUUCAACAUACAGUUCUUACUGUCACCGCCAAAGACCACGACGAGUCCUCGCGUAUUCGAUACGAGAUUACGAGCGGUAACGUAGGCGGUGCUUUUGCUGUGAAGAACAUGACCGGCGCAAUUUAUGUCGCCGGUGUUUUGGAUUAUGAAACCAGGAAAAGGUACGAACUUCGUCUCACAGCAUCGGAUAGCUUGGAAGAGAAUAAUACGACUGUCGUGAUACACGUGAAGGAUGUAAAUGAUAAUCCACCUGUCUUUGAAAGACCGAAUUAUAGAACACAGAUCACAGAGGAAGAUGACAGGAAUUUACCCAAACGAGUACUCGGGGUCACUGCGACCGACGGGGAUAAGGAUAGACCUCAAAACAUCGUAUAUUUCUUGACGGGACAGGGAAUCGAUCCAGACAACCCGGCCAACAGUAAAUUUGACAUCAAUCGGACUACCGGAGAGAUUUUCGUCCUCAAACCACUCGACAGAGAUCAACCUAAUGGACGACCUCAAUGGCGAUUCACUGUAUUCGCUCAGGACGAGGGUGGGGAAGGUUUAGUAGGAUAUGCCGAUGUACAGGUCAACCUCAAAGAUAUUAAUGAUAAUGCACCAAUAUUCCCACAGGGAGUAUACUUUGGUAACGUUACCGAAAAUGGAACUGCAGGAAUGGUCGUAAUGACCAUGACUGCAGUAGAUUAUGACGAUCCUAGCGAAGGUACAAACGCGAAAUUGGUUUACUCCAUCGAAAAGAACGUUAUCGAGGAAGAAACUGGAACUCCCAUAUUCGAGAUCGAAUCUGAAACAGGAGUUAUCAAGACGGCCGUUUGCUGUUUGGACAGAGAACGUACCCCGGAUUAUUCUAUACAAGUUGUCGCGGCGGAUGGAGGGGGGUUAAAAGGUACCGGGACGGCAUCUAUACGAGUGAAAGAUAUAAAUGAUAUGCCACCACAAUUUACGAAAGAAGAAUGGUUUACCGAAGUAGAUGAAACGGAAGGACCUGAUUUACCUGAAAUGCCGAUACUCACCGUUACCGUUCACGACGAGGACGAAACCAAUAAGUUUCAAUAUAAGGUCAUCGAAAGUAGUGGCUAUGGUGCCGACAAAUUUACCAUGGUCAGAAACAACGACGGUACUGGCUCUUUGAAGAUCGUUCAAUCUCUCGAUUACGAGGAUCAAUUGCAAAGCAAUGGAUUUAGGUUCAGAAUACAAGUGAACGAUAAGGGCGAAGACAAUGACAAUGACAAGUAUCACGUUGCUUACUCUUGGGUAGUAGUGAAAUUAAGGGACAUCAACGAUAAUCAGCCACAAUUUGAAAGAGCCAAUAUCGAAGCAACUGUGCCGGAAAACGCUAGAAUCGGGAACACUCUCGAAACGUUUAAAGCUACUGAUCCCGAUCAGGGUGGCAAAAGUAAAGUUUCGUAUUCCAUCGAUAGAAGUUCCGACAGGAAAAGACAAUUCUUCAUCAACGAGAAUGGUACGGUGUCCAUUCAAAGAAGUCUCGAUCGUGAGGAAACCCCUCGUCAUCAGGUUAAAAUCUUGGCUAUCGACGACGGUAUACCACCAAAAACCGCGACAGCUACUCUAACAGUUAUCGUGCAGGAUAUAAAUGAUAAUCCACCUAGAUUCCUUAAAGAUUAUCGACCAAUCUUACAAGAACAUCUGCAAACGAGAAAAGUCGUCGAGAUUUUAGCUACCGACGAUGACGAUAGAUCGAAGAGCAACGGUCCACCAUUCACUUUCAGAAUGGAUCCUAACGCAGACGAUAUCAUCAGAGCUAGUUUCAGAGUCGAAAGCGACAACAAGGGUGCAAACGGAGAUGGUAUGGCUAUCGUUUCGUCGUUGCGAUCAUUCGAUAGGGAACAACAAAAGGAAUACUUGAUACCGAUAGUGAUUAAGGACUCUGGAAAUCCUUCGAUGUCUGGAACCAGUACCUUGACUGUUAUAAUCGGUGAUAGUAACGACAAUAAGAUGCAGCCAGGAUCUAAAGACAUUUUUGUAUAUAAUUAUGCAGGACAAUCACCCGAUACCGAGAUAGGUAGAGUCUACGUCUACGAUUUGGACGAUUGGGACUUGCCAGACAAAAAGUUUUAUUGGGAAGGCCUCGAACAUGCACAAUUUAAGCUCGACGAAGAUACUGGCAUGAUAUAUAUGAAAUCUGGUACGCACGAUGGUAGAUAUCAUCUUCGUUUCAAGGUUUACGAUCGAAAGCACACGCAAACGGAUGUCCCUGCGAAUGUGACAGUCAAUGUGAAAAGUAUUCCUCACGAGGCCGUUCUUAAUUCUGGCUCUGUUCGAAUAUCGGGUAUAACGGAUGAAGAUUUCAUACGUGUCUGGGAUUAUAGGUCACAAAACUUAUCUCGAAGUAAAGCGGAUUUAUUCCGAGAGAAAUUGGCACAUUUAUUGAACAUCGAAAGGGAAUACGUUGACGUAUUUAGCGUUCAGUUGCGAAGGAUGCAUCCACCUUUAACCGACGUCAGAUUCGCUGCUCACGGUUCUCCUUAUUAUAAACCCGUUAGACUCAAUGGAAUCGUCUUGAUGCAUCGGGAAGAGAUCGAAAAAGAUGUCGGAAUUAACAUCACGAUGGUCGGUAUCGACGAGUGUUACUACGAAAACGAGAUGUGCGAAGGCAGUUGCACCAACACGCUCGACAUCAGUAGUUUACCUUAUAUGGUUAACGCGAAUAAAACCGCUUUGGUGGGAGUAAGAGUCGACGUGAUAGCUGAAUGUACGUGCGGUGCAAGAAACUUUAGCAAGAGCGAAUCCUGUAGAAGCAGUCCUUGCUAUAAUGGCGGUCGUUGCGUGGAAGGAAGAUUCGGAUUAUCGUGCCAAUGUCCUUCCGGAUAUAACGGGCCUAGGUGUCAACAAACGGCUCGAAGUUUUCGUGGGAACGGUUGGGCUUGGUAUCCGGCCCUGGAAAUGUGCGAUAAUAGUCAUUUAAGUUUUGAAUUUAUUACAAGAAAGUCGGAUGGGUUGCUUUUGUACAAUGGCCCUAUUGUUCCCCCGGAAUCCGAUGAAAUUAUGGUGUCUGACUUUAUAUCGGUCGAAUUGGAACGUGGAAUACCAAGACUUUUGAUAGACUUCGGAUCUGGCACUUUGGAAUUGAAAGUCAAACCUAAAAGGACUUUGGACGAUGGAGAAUGGCACAGGCUCGAUAUAUUCUGGAAUACCGAGACGGUGAAGCUUAUCAUCGAUUACUGUAAAUCUGCCGAGAUAUCAGAAUUAGAAGAUGGUACGCCUUCGGAGUUUAACGACACGAGUUGUCAAGCUCAAGGCACGGUGCCACCGUUCAACGAAUACUUGAACGUAAACGCACCGCUCCAAAUUGGUGGGCUUUACGUGGAACAAUUCGAUCCAACUCAUUACAAAUGGAAACACAUGCCAGUGGGAAAAGGCUUCGAUGGUUGCAUAAAGAAUCUAUUUCACAACAGCAAACUUUACGAUCUGGCUCAUCCCGGAUUGUCGAGGAACAGCGUAUCGGGUUGUCCACAAACCGAAGAGAUAUGUAACAAUCAAGAAUUAACGUUCCGCUGUUGGGAGCACGGCACCUGCGUCGGUAACUUCUCCGAAGCAAGAUGCCAAUGUAAUCCAGGCUGGACCGGUCCUGGUUGUAUGACCGCAACCAUACCGACAACAUUCAAGCCGCAGAGUUACGUCAAAUAUGCAUUGUCGUUUGAACCCGACAAAUAUUCGACUCAGGUGCAGUUGAGAUUCCGAACUCGGGAGGUGCACGGUGAACUUUUCAGAGUCAGCGAUCAGCAUAACAGAGAAUACGCUAUUUUAGAAAUCAAGGAUAGCCGAUUGCACUUUAGAUACAACUUGAACAGUCUUAGAACGGAGGAACGAGAUAUUUGGUUAAGUGCGAUAGCCGUGGACGAUGGCCAAUGGCAUACGGUCAGAGUAUCUAGAUAUGGCUCGGCGGCGACCUUGGAGUUGGAUGGUGGAGAGGGUAGAAGAUUCAACGAGACCUUUUCUUUCGAAGGUCAUCAAUGGCUCUUGGUCGAUAAGCAAGAAGGAAUUUAUGCCGGUGGUAAAGCCGAAUACACUGGCGUAAGAACGUUCGAAGUCUACGCUGAUUAUCAGAAAGGUUGUUUGGACGAUAUCAGACUAGAAGGCAAGCAUCUUCCAUUACCGCCGGCUAUGAAUGGGACACCAUGGGGUCAAGCAACAAUGGCGAGAAAUCUCGAACGAAAUUGUCCUUCGAAUAAACCCUGCGCUAACGUCAUUUGUCCCGAACCUUUUGAAUGCAUCGAUCUUUGGAACGAAUACGAUUGCACUUGCGGCGAAGGAAGAAUACCCUCGCCUGAUAACAAAGGUUGCAUGGACAAGAACGAAUGCAUAGAUUAUCCUUGUCUCAACGGUGGUAGAUGUAUCAAUCAGGAUCCUCGAUAUCGAUAUCGAUGCAUCUGUCCUGAAGGAUACUGGGGUGAAAAUUGUGAAUUGGUACAAGAGGGUCAAACGUUGAAGCUCAGCAUGGGAGCUCUUGCGGCUAUUCUAGUUUGUUUAUUAAUUAUUCUUGUCUUAGUCCUGGUGUUCGUCGUCUACAACAGAAGAAGGGAGGCUCAUAUCAAGUAUCCUGGGCCGGACGACGAUGUGAGAGAGAAUAUUAUUAAUUACGAUGACGAAGGAGGUGGGGAAGACGAUAUGACGGCGUUCGACAUAACUCCCUUGCAAAUUCCAAUUGGCGGUCCUAUCCCAGAAAUGAGUGGAAAGCUAGCACCGUGUAAAGUAGCCUAUCCAUUAGGACCGGAGCCUAACGUGGGUAUCUUUAUCGAGGAUCAUAAGAAAAGAGCCGACAGCGAUCCCAACGCACCACCUUUCGACGAUUUACGGAAUUAUGCGUACGAAGGUGGCGGAAGCACCGCCGGUUCCCUUUCGUCUUUGGCUUCGGGAACAGAUGACGAGCAACACGAGUACGAAUACUUGGGCGCUUGGGGUCCUAGAUUCGACAAACUCGCAGAUAUGUACGGUCCCACAACAGAAGAAAGCGAGGAAGAGGAUUAGAUAUUUUUUGUCGAUCUAGGUCCAUCGAAUUUUUCCCACGAUCCGAAUUGGAAGUGUUCGUGUUCAUUGAAAAUACCAGACGAAGAGAAUAGAAAGAAAAUAAGGAAGAAUGAAAGAAAAAGGUAAAAGAAAAAAAGGAAAAAAAGAACAAAGGGAAAGAAAGAAACACGAAACUUGAAACUUUCUCUCCAAGAUUACGUGAGGUUCGAAGGAUCGAUGAUGAUAGAUCAUCGAGAUCUGAGAGGAGCUGCGUAAAAGAGACUUUCUCAUUCAAGUUUGGAUGAUCGAAAGGAAAAGAAGGUGCACCGACGCAACGAUCGGUGAGAAAGUUCAAAAUAUAGUUCCAAAGUGAUCUCAGCGAGAGCUUUUGCCCUGUCGCAUUACGAACGUUGCAAUAAUUUUCGAGUCAUACCUAAACGAUGGUAUACGUAGGUGGUGCAUAACAAAUACAGAGAUACACAUACGAUAUACCUAUCUGUAUAGUUACACGUAUACGUAGUCGAUCCAAGGGUGUAUACGUGGGACUUUUUUAUCGAUUUUAUCAUCGACUUGUAUUUAUUAAUCAGUUCUCAUCGCCACACAUUGGUCACGUUGUUUAUUUACAUCGGAUGACAGAAAAGCAUCGCACCUUCAUUGUUUCACCAUUUGCGAAACGGACCUACCGUUAUCUAUCAAAUAAAAGCAAAUAUUAUCGCAUUAUAGUUUUUAUCCUUCCUCCAAAGAUGACCACGAGAAGGAAUAAAAGGAGGACUCGUUAACCGUUUGAGAUUUUAAUCGAGAUACCGUAUUGAAACUUGUCACUUUACAAUGCAUUAAAAAGCAUUGUUCGUUGUCAAUAUUCCCAUUAUCAUCCCUCGUGAAAAUUAUCGUCUUCAUUUCCAUUACAACCGGUAUUAUUAUCAGAUCUUUUAUCACUUGCCAUUAUUAACAUCAUUAUUAUUAUUACUAUUAUUAUUUUUAUUGUAAUAGAUAUAAAUAUAUAUAUAUAUAAAUAUAUAUAUUAUAAAUAUGAAUUUAUAUAUAGAAGAGCGGUGACGUGCAUCGAAGAAAGUCCGUGGGUAAAGUUACCGCGUGCGUAUGUAAUUAUUACGAUUAUUAUUAUUACAUAGCGAUAUAAAUAUAUAAAUAUAAAAUAUGUUUAUAUAUAUAUAUGUAUAUGUAUAUAUAAACAUAUAAGUACACGCGAUGCACGUACGUACAUACGAAAUCUGUUCGGACACAGAGGACGAGAGAGUCGACGGUUCUUACUAUCACCGUUAUAUAUAGUAUAUAUCUCGACAUAGUUUUAAUAUUUAUUUUAUGUCAUCGGGAGCAGUUAGUAGAGGAAGAUACAUACUUAUAUCUAUAGAAAGCGAGGAAAACGAAGCGGUAGUAAUAAGAGAGAUUAAAAAGGGGAAGUACACGUGCAAGGAGUUGGGAACGGCGCCAGCAAAGGUCCUUUUUGUUUAAAGGACAAAUUCAACGAAGUUCCACGUCCGUUUAUUUGCUUCUAGCGCGUGUAAUUUUCCGUCAGAAAGAAAGAGUGAGAGACAGAGAGAGAGAGAGAGAGAGAGAGAGAGAGAGAAGAAUAGAACGCUUCACGCACUCGAGUCUCGACUGAUUUGUAAAAUUCUCUAAGGGAAUAUUAAAAUAGUCAAUUUUCCGGUUAGGCGAAUCCCGUUUCGGGAACGUGGCGUAUAUCGAUAAGCACUUGUACGAAUACUGUAAUUAACGUAUGUGAGUGUGACGUCGGUCGACGUGUUAUAUCGUAUAAUUGGGCCCUUCCCUUAUUAAGCAUCGACUUAUUCGCUCGAUGUUGGGUUUUUAAGUACCUAUCGUUUUUUCGAUAAUAUUUGUGAUAUUGAGUUGUAUCCGUAACGCAGCGUCCCGCAUUCUCCAGAUCGCCGUUAACGGUUCGCUCGAGCGAUUUCGAUAGAUGGUUUUAGCUAGAAGAAUCGAUCGAACACACGUUGGUCCUGCUAAACUCGCUCAUUCGCAAUGGAAUCUUAAUACUUUCACGUGGUACACUUAUCGUUAUCGUUAUUAGCAUUAAUCAUCGAUUUCGAUCGUAUCCAAACGCGAAAAUAUUGAAUUCUCGAGGAUCUUUAUGAAGGAACGUUCCGAAUUCGUCGAGUUAACACGAACGACUUCUUCUUUGAAGUAUUAUAGCGGCGUAUUUCAAAUGUCGAGGUUCCUUCGCUUCGUUAUCGUCCGAUUUCGAAUGAACAAGGCGUGUAUGUAUAUCUGUGUAUGUAGCGAUCCGACGCGAAUUUAGCGAACCGUUCGAAUAUUCGCAACAACGAAGAUAUUGUUAGCGUUUUAUUCGUACGGUUUGUUCGGUAGAAAGAAUCACGUAUCUAUGUAAGUACAUUUAAGUAAGUACCGAGUCUUGUGCCGUAAUACUCUCGCCUAUCAUGUAAUAUCACCUACCUCUUAAAUAUUCGUAUCCGAAUUAUCCGAGUAAAAGGUAUGCAGAUAUACGAAUAUUCGAAAAAAAAAAAAUACGUCGAAUCAUCGAAAAGUAAUCUUUUCUGUUUUGUUUUUCACGGAAAUCUAUUCGUUUGGGAACAAUACGGAAAGAUUUCUUCGAACGAAUCGAACCUUUUGAAAACAUCAGCAACGAUCUUAUUAGACGAGUCGGAACAGUUUGCAAUUCUAAAUAGGCGCACGGAUGUUAGUUUUUUGCGUCUUCCUGUAAGAUAAACUCGCGUAUCCAAGAUCAUCGUGUUUUCUUUUCUUUUCUUUUUUUAUCUUUCUUUCACGUAUACUCGUACGUCAAAGAUGUACCAAGUAAUUGAUACUCUACCAAAGAACGAAUCGUCAUUUUAAUCGUGAGGUCUUUAUUUAUUUAUUUAUUUAUUUGUUUGUUUGUUUGUUUGUUUGUUUGUUUUCCUAACGCCGGCAGCACUAACAAUGAGGGAUAAGAGAAGUGAAAAAGAAGAAAAAAAAAAAGUAAAAAAUAAAAAG